AUGGCCGCUGCAACCCAACAAGUCUCGACACCAGUGCUUAGCGACGAGAAAAAGGCUAUUUUCGAGGAGCUGCUAAAGGCUGCAAGGGAUAAAGUAGCUUUGGCGCCCAAGGUUGGUGCUAAGGAGGAGGUUGUUUCUUAUGGUUACAUUUCUAAUCGACACAAGGACAAUCAUGAUCAACACAACUUGUCUGGAAAUCCAGUACCGAGCUACCCCCAAUUUAUUCCGCUUCAGAAAUAUCCAAUCGAGUUCAAGCACCACGGCCCCCUUCCACAAGGGUCUAAAGGGGGUGUGGUUUAUGUUGAUGGUGCUUACUCCACUGCACGGAAAUGGCUCAUAGCGUUUGAUUAUUCUAAUAAGAAGGUUUAUGCGGAAGCCGGGCCCAUAGAAGAUGUCGAUUGGAAUGUAAUUGAAGUCAAACUUGAUGCAUCUGGAGAUUCAAGUUUCCACGAAGAUCCAGCUUUAGGAGGCAAAGCUCAUGCAGCAAUCAAUGAUGAUGCUCAUAUUGUGGUUGCAUGGUUCAUUAAUUAGCCUGCUAAAAACGACUAGCAUGUGUAUAUGCAUGCUCCUAAGGUCACGAAGCUAAGCAAGCAGACAUUUUAAUACAUAAAUAAAGCUAUUGUAAUUCACAAUAAAGUCCUCUCGUUAUGUAGACGUACGUGUGGUACGCACUUGCGCCCGCUAUUAUACAUAAUGUUCUUGCUUUUAUUAAUACAAUGAAUACAAAGUAUAGUGUUACCCCUUGCGUUUAAUACACAAAUCAACUAGUCAUGUGGAUGCCGACUACCUCGCUAUUUACAUCAGUAACAUCACUACUAUUGCGGUUCUCUUUACAUACACACACAAAAAAAAAAAAACCGAAAAUGAUCAUACGAGUCAGAUAAAAUCAUGUUGGACAGAAUUUACUAAGCUAAGGGCAGCAAGCCCAAUUCUGAACCUUGGUGCAAAUUGAUAAUUGCAUAUUAAGGGGUCGUUUGGUUUACACAGGGUAAACAGAAUGAAAUAAACUAAGAGAAAGAAAAAGAACGGAAUGAAAAACCCUGAAAUUUACUAUGUUGUUUGUUUAACAAAUAAAGGGAAAUAAGCCACCAGCCUCACCACCACACAACCAUAUAUUUCCUUCACUUUACACCUUCUCCAACAACCCCUCCCCCACCACGCGUCGCAACUCGUACACUCCCACCCCUCCCUGCCACUCGCCACCCCCUAAUCAAAAGCCCUCCCCUUCCCCAAAAAACAUCUCCAACCCCCGCAAAACCUUAGAAAUGCCUCGC